AUGGAUAGCAGUGACAACAAGGAAUCCACCGCUUUGCAUAUUAAGACUGAGGAAGACCAAUCAAAUGAAGAAUACUGUGAGUUGCCAAUAAAUACAAUUCAAAAGUACGAGAUUAAAAUCGAAGGCGAUAACGUUGUCGAAGUUGCUGCUGCAGUACCAAUUGAAGUGGUUGAAGAGGAUGAAGACGUGCACGAAGACGAAGGCUUCGAGUGUGACAAAUGUGAAGAGACAUUUGCAUGUGAACAAACUCUCAGCCAGCACAAAAGCACCGGACAUUCUCAAUUUUCUUGUCAAUCCUGUGCCAGAUCUUUCGGAUCGGUGAAAAACCUUAACAUUCAUAAAGCCAGAUGCAGAGUUUUUCAAUAUGAAAGCAAGUUGAAGGUCCACGAAAAAGUGCAUGAAAAAGGGACGAAAGCGGAAAGUUUUUUACAGCACAAACAUACAGCCGCUAAAGUCCCUAAAAAGCUGCACCUUUGCGAUAUUUGUGGAAAAGGUUUCGUUGGACAGAUGAAGCUAAAACAUCAUAUUUCCGUUGUCCAUGCCGGAGUGAAAGCUCACGAAUGCAGUAUAUGCUCCAAACGAUUUUCGUCUCCAUACAGUAUUCAGACACACAUGCACGUCCAUACUGGGGGAGAAAAACGAUUUAAGUGUGAUAUUUGCGGAAAGGGUUUUCAUGCAUUAUCCAGGAUGAAAAAGCAUCAUGGUGUGCAUACUGGCGAGAGGCCGUACACAUGCGCGGUGUGCUCUAAGGGAUUUUUCAACCGUAUGGACCUGGAACUGCAUACAGAUAACUACCACACGGAGAAACUAUCCAAAUGUAAAACUUGUGACAUGGAAUUCGACACGAAGCAUGAUCUUAAGAUGCAUGUAUCGAGCACUCACAAUGAAUUUCUACCAUAUCAAUGUGAAACCUGUCUAAUGGUGUGUGCAAACAGCCUCAUGUUGAAGAAACAUCGAAGGAUUCACUCCGUAUCAAAGACGUUUACCUGCGACAUUUGCGACAAAGUUUUCGUCGUUGAGUUCCGUUUUCGUAAGCACAUGCGCUUUCACGAGCGACCAACCCGUUGUAAGAUCUGCGGUAGAGAAAUUAUCGCGGAGUAUCUUGCACGGCACAUGAAGACCCACAUCAAUGGGACCAAGUCAUUCGAUUGUGGGCAGUGUGAAAGAACGUUUCAACGUCCGUCGCAUUUGCAGACACAUGUCUUACGAAUGCACGAGCGCAAAAAAUUAGACGCCAUGUUCUCUUCACAGGCAUCACAGGCUUCGGUUUAG